AUGCUGCAUCCACCACAACACGCACUACCGCAUGCCGACCUCACACGGCCCACCAAUCCAGCCUCCCGUCCGACCAAUGCUGCCUGGCGAGUCCGCUGCUUUGUCCAGCGAGCUUUGUUGCCAUACAUGAACAGACCUUAUAAACACUACGGCAACCGGCCAUGGAAUCGAGUCUCGCACGCUCCACGGCCGAAUCCUCCUCCAUAUCCUCCGCCGUUGCCACUACCACCUCCGCCGCCCAUUGAGGUGUCCGAGACGACCAAGAACAAGCUGAAGAAGUUCCAGUUUCGUGAGAAGAAAAAGAAGACGGCGAAAGCGAAGACGGCUGCAGAGAAGUCUGUCGACGUCGACAAGCCCGUCAUCAACGCAGCCAACACGAAAGGAGACCCCGUGCAGGCGAUAGAGGUUGACGAGAUCCAAGCUGCCGCGAUGGCGCCAGAUACGGCCUCGAAGAAGGCCAGCCAGAAGGCAGGCCGGCGAGAUAGCCAGCGAGACAGCCGGAAGGGGAGCCAGCCGCGACAAGCAAGCCAGACAAAGCCCAGUUCGAUACGACCAGGAGACGCGGCAUCGGUAGCAACAUCCACACCGCCAGACUUGGACAAGGAAAACGCCAUUGCAAAAGAUGGCAAGGAUGGUACGACCAACGGGGCCACGGCCUCAGCCACCGGUGACCUCCCCAGCACACAGCCGAGCAAAAUCACGCCCACGGUUGCUGCCACGCCCGAGUUCUUGAGCAUCCACGUCCGCACACCCCGGGCCCGCUUUGCUUGGCAGGAGCUCGUUGGCACGCCCGACACCCCCAAGAUCCGCGAGUCUCUCGGUAUCUCGCCCGACGCCAAGCUGUCCUGGGUGACCGGCCAGAACCAUGAUCCCUCUCCUGUCGCUGCCGCCGUCGCUGCCGCCAAACAGAAGCAGGGCACCAAGCGUCCGCGCAGCUGCAGCCCGCCCUCGUCGCCCACCAACUCGCGCUCCAAAAGGGUUGCCGAGAAUGUGCAAAAGUUCAAGGAGGUGAUGGCUUCGGCCACGACGGCCAACCUGGCACUCGAGGCCCGCUUCCCGCAGAGACGCAACGGGCUGGCACGGCACCGGACCGAGGUCGGGCGAUUGACUGUGCGUAGCGAGACCCCGGGCGCUGACUCGUCAAGAAUUGGGCUGGAACGGCCGGCCAACCAGCCUGCAGCAAACGGACCAUCACCACGAACUGCGGCCGGCUUGCGACGCUCCAUGAGCUGUAACACGUUGACGACACCAACAACAAAGCGGCGAAAGACAGACGGCAACGACCUGGGUGCUGCGCCAAGCCCACGCGGGACGAUUCCACAACCACGGCAACCAUCCGUACCACAAGAAUCACGCCCACCGAGCCGGCAACAAGUAUCAGCACCACCGCCUCCAUCACGGCAAGAAGAGGCACUGGCAGAAGACGAGCUGGCAGACCAGGUCGAUACGGUCGAUAUGGUCGACGCAGAGCCACCUGUCAGGCCUGCCUCACCCGUGUCUCUUCACCGGCUUUCCCUUACUGUCAACGACGACGCUUCUCGGGAGAAAGAUCCCAGUAUUCCAGAUACAGAGUCCAACGGCAAGCCUGCCACAACUGAACCAACAGAAACAACGGACGCAAGAGAAAUGACAAAAUGGACAGAAACCAAGACCAAAGACAACGUGUCCGACUACGGCAACGAUGUCUUUGACGACUUUGACGACCUUGAUGACAACCUCUUUGACGACGACAUGCUGGCCGAGAUCGAUGCUAGUCUGGCGCCCCCCAAGCGAUCCGAUACGGAAACGAAGGUAGUUGCCGCAAGAAUGGCCGAUACCGGUGCUGAGGACGAGUUUGGCGACCUGGGCGACGGCCUCGAUGACGACGUAUUUACCGCCGUGGCCGCUGCAGAGAACGCUACGACCAAGAAGAACCAACAGCAACAACCCAUUGACCUCACAAGCUCAAUACCCCGGGCCGACGACACCGUCGACACCAAUGCCGCCUACACCAAGCCGGCGCCUGCCGCUGCGCCUUCAGCCCAACCAGGAGUGGCUGACAUGGAGGACAUGUUUGGCGGCGACGACUUUGGGGAAGACUUUGAUUUCGAGGCCGCUGAACUUGCUGCCACCCAAGCAGCCAGCCGCGCCGGCCCAGCGUCCACAGCCGUUACGCCCUGGGCCAACACACAAAGCUCCAGCCACAAGCGCAAGGCCAUUCAGCGAUAUCUUGUAACCAACGUGCUCAUUUCGUCGUACCAUGACGAGCGAGAGAGGCUAUGCCAAGAAAAGAUACUCGUUGUGCAGGCAGACGGUGACCGGUCAGGCUCGAUGCGCGCCGUGCAUCUGCGCGGCGACUGGUUUGACACACCGGCCGCCGUCAAGGCCUACGUCCAUGUCCUCGGCGAGUUUGACGCGACCGGCAUGUGCGUUGUCGACAACGACCACGGUAUGCUCAUCCUGCACCCGGACCAGCUUGUUUCUGCCACCAACGUUGCCGAGUCCUUUGACUGCACGCGUCGUGCCGUCCUCAAGGACCGCGUCAAGUCGGCCAGCGACGCCAGCCCGCCCCUCGUCUACGGCACGCUGCUGCACGAGAUCUUCCAGGAGGCACUCAUGAGCAACCAGUGGACGGGCCCCUUUUUGCGCACUGCCAUCGACUCCGCCAUCCAAAAGCACCUCGAGGAUCUCUACAUUGUCAAGCUUGACGUGCCCACGGCCCGCGAGUAUCUCUUAACCCGCACCCGCGAGCUGCAGUGCUGGGCCGAGCUCUUUGUGGCACCGAAGCCAAAGCCCGGUGCAAAUGCUGCAGGCCGUAAUGGCGAAAAAGUUAACAUGUGUGUGAGCAAGCUGCUAGAUGUCGAGGAGCACGUCUGGUCGCCCAUGUACGGCCUCAAGGGCAACAUCGAUGCCACCGUCCAAGUCACCAUGAACGCCGGCAGUGACAGCAAGACCCUCACGGUGCCCUUUGAGCUCAAGACGGGCCGCAACGCCACGGCGGCGCACCAGGCACAGACCGUGCUGUACAACCUGUUGCUGUCCGACCGCUAUGACAUUGAGAUUGUGUACGGCAUUCUUUACUAUACAGAAAACUCGCAGAUGAUGCGUAUCCCGGCCGUCCGCAACGAACUGCGCCACAUGAUCAUGAAGCGCAACGAGCUUGCCUGCCACAUCCGCGAGAGCAGCGUCCAGUUGCCGGACAUGCUGCGCAAUCGCAACGCCUGCGGCCGCUGUUUCGCCCAGACCUCGUGCUUCGUCUACCACAAGCUCGCCGACGAAGGCACCGCCGAGACCAGCGGCAUGGGGGACAAGUUCAACGAGAUUGUCGGCCACCUCACGCCGAAGCACCGCGACUUCUUCUUGAAGUGGGAAGACCUGCUCACCAAAGAGGAAAUGGUCGGCCUCAAGGUCCGCCGCGAGCUGUGGACCAUGGUCAGCGCCGAGCGCGAGAAGCUCGGGCGCUGCUUUGCCGACGUCAUCAUUGAGCAGGGCUCCGCGUACGAGGAGGCCGGCAGCAGCAAGGUCAACCGGUUCCACUACACAUUGGUCAAGGAGCACCCGACGCCGGGCUUUUCGUUUAUGGACUCGCAGCUGGCCGUCGGUGACCCCAUUGUUGUAUCGGACGAGGACGGCCACUUUGCGCUCGCCAUUGGGUUUGUCAUGGCCAUUCGCAAGCAGCGCAUGGACGUCGCCGUCGACCGCCGCCUACACAACGCCCGCAUCCGUGAAGCCGGCUUCAACGAGAAGAUGAACCAAGUCUUUGCGGGGAUCAUGGAGGCGGGCGCCGGGCCAAGGAAGCGAAUCGGUAUCGAGGAGAACUAUGGCGGGCGCUCGCGGCUGGGCAACGACCGCAACGGCAGCAACAAUGCGCAUGCCGUCCGCUACCGCGUGGACAAGGACGAGUUCAGCCAAGGCAUGUCCACCGUGCGCAACAACAUUGUGCAGAUCAUGGCGGGCCACCGCGUCGGCCUGCGCGAGAUUCGCCAGCUCGUUGUCGACCUCGUUCCGCCGCGCUUCAAAGCGGCCCCUACACAGUACGUGCUGGACGACGGCGACGGCACCGAUGCGCUCAACGUUGACCAGAAGCGCGCCAUAGCCAAGGUCAUGAGCGCCCAGGACUACGCCCUCGUGCUGGGCAUGCCGGGCACGGGCAAGACGACGACGAUUGCACACAUUAUACGCGCCCUCGUCAGCCAGGGCAAGAGCGUGCUGCUGACCUCGUACACGCACACGGCCGUCGACAACAUCUUGCUGAAACUGCGCCACGCGCAGACGCCCAUCCUGCGCCUCGGCGCCCCGUCCAAGGUGCACCCCGACGUGCGCGACUUUGCCAUCCUGGCGGCCGAGCCCAAGGCGAGUCUCGAAGACAUCCGCGCGGCGUGGCACGACACGCCGAUCGUGGCGACGUCGUGCCUGGGUAUUGGGCACGCCCUCUUCAACGAGCGCAUGUUCGACUACUGCAUUGUCGACGAGGCCAGCCAGAUUACGCUGCCCAUCUGCCUGGGCCCCAUCCGCAUGGCGCGCACGUUUGUGCUCGUGGGCGACCACAACCAGCUGCCGCCGCUGGUGCAGAACGAGGAGGCGCGCGUGGGCGGGCUGGACAUUUCGCUGUUCAAGCUGCUGUCGGACACGCACCCCGACUCGGUGGUGAAUCUGGAGCACCAGUACCGCAUGAGCGAAGACAUUAUGGCGCUGAGCAACACGCUGAUCUACCAGGGGCGCCUCAAGUGCGGCACCGAGGCGCUGCGGACGCGCACCCUGCAUGUGCCCGACAUGGCGCGCCUGCACCAGCACCAUCACAACGCCAGCUCCAUGGCGCGCCUGACGCCCGGCAGCAGCUUUUGCGCCAUGGGCGGCAGCGCGGCCUGCUGGCUGCGCGAUCUCGUGCGGCCGGAGACGCGCGUGGCCUUUGUCAAUACGGACUCGAUCGACGGCAGCCGCGAAGAGGCCAAGGGCAAUCGCAUUGUCAACCCGUGCGAGGCGCGCCUGGUGACGCAGCUCGUCGAGGCGCUGCUGACGGUCGGGGUCCCUGCGUCGGAGAUUGGUGUGAUGACGCACUACCGCUCGCAGCUGGCCCUGCUGAAGCACCAGCUGCGCGGCGUCAAGGCCAGGGGCAGCGACAUUGAAAUGCACACGGCCGACCGGUUCCAGGGCCGCGACAAGGAGGUCAUUGUCCUCUCGCUCGUGCGCAGCAACGAGUCCUGCAGCAUCGGCGAUCUGCUCAAGGACUGGCGCCGCGUCAAUGUGGCGUUUACGCGGGCCAAGACCAAGCUGCUGGUCGUCGGCAGCCGCAGCACGCUCCAGGGCACCGGCUGUGUGGAGAGGGACAGGAAAGACAAGAAGGAGCGGAUGGACAGAGACUUGCACAAUGGCGAGACCGGCGAGGAGAUGCUGGCGCGCUUUGUGCGUCUGAUGGAAGAGCGCCGCUGGAUCUACGACCUGCCUGCCGACGCGCUCGACAACCACCUGUUUGAAGAGCUGCCGGCGACCCAGGCGGCAUCGGCCUCUCUGGGCGCGUCCCUUGGAGCCGAGAAGGGCAUGAUGGGCUAUGGCGGCGGCGCGCGCUUCCCCGGCAAGGACGACAACUACAACCAGACGACGCGGUCUGUGCCGCCGCAACCUGUGGCGCGGAUACAAGCACAGAAACCGUUCAAAAAGGUCGGUCCGGCGACCGCAAAACCACCAAGUCGGCAGGGCAUCGUUCCGUCCGCCGGCAAAGAAAACGCGCGACCAGGGCUUCUGCAGCCCGGCAAGCGGGUCGGCAGGGAUAAAGAGGCCCUGCUGAAAGGACGGCCCGUGCUGCAGGGCAUUCUGAAUGACAUGAUGGGCGGAAAGCAUCCAACAUGA